CAUGCAGACAGCGCCGACUCUACUAAAUAGCCUAGGCGAGGCCGAAGAGCUGCCCGGGUGCCACCAGCGAUCCGCACGAGCUUUGUAGCGAUCCGCACGGCUCAGGGCAGCGAAGCUCGUCUCCUCGGGCGGAUACAAGCUCGUAGCCCACAGCGUGUUGCCCUGAGCGGCGGGCCCGAGGCCGAUCUGCUCGGCGCUGAGCGCGGAGAUCGAGAAGCACAAUAAAGCCACCCAAGCGGAGAGGGCGCUCAGAGAUAGGGAGACCGACGAAAAGAGACCAUGCACAAGAUCACGAACUCCGAGCGCAACCGCGUCGUGAGCAUCCUGGAUGAUUCGAUCGAGCGCAUCAUGCUCUUGUCGUACGUGCCCGAGCGCGCGCACGAGGCGGUGUUGGCCGAAUUGGAGCCGGGGCCCUACGACGUCUUCUCGCGGCACUGGGAGCUCGAGGCGAAGGGCGAGGCGGCAGCACUCCAAGAGUCGGCGCGGGAGGUCUGCCGGUGUUUAAGGGAUAGCCCGCGGACGUUCGCGGUCCUGCAGCGGUACGGGGCGCACGACCGGUCCGAGUCCAAGGCCUUCGUGGACGCUUUAUUGGAUCUGAAGGAGGUCGUGGGGCGACGGCUCGGCGAGACGGUGCAGCACCAGCGGCGGCAGGAGGAGGAUUUGAGUAGAGCACGGAUGAAGAGCCAGCAGGCCGCGGAGACGAAGGCCGCGGUCGAGGCCGAGCAGAGUAGGGCUCGCCGACGCUUCGAGGAGGACAGCGCCACGGCCGCGACGAUCUGCUCGGCGCUGAGCGCCGAGAUCGAGAAGCACGAGAAAGCCACGCAAGCGGAGAAGGCGUUGAGGGACCGCGAGGCCGACGAGAAGAUCAAGGAAUACGAAGAGAUUCACGUGGAGACGGUCAAGGAGAACGAGGUCAAGAUCGCCGAGGCCGAGGCCAAGCUCGCGGUGCAACUCCAAGAGCAGGCCGACGAGUUGUUGUUGUGGCGGCGGCGGCGGAACAAGGUCGAGGCGGAAUUGAGGGCGACGAUCGAGAAGUACGACGUGAAUAUGUUCCAAAUCCAGGGCGAGGUCGACGACUUACGGGAAAAGUACGACCGGGAGCUCAAGGAGUAUAAUGAGCUCGCCGAGUACUACGCCGUCAUCGACCAAGAUUUAGCAAUCGAGGCCGAGGAGGAGCGCCUCAUCAAGGAGGCGAACCGCGAGGCGGACGAGAAGCGCGCGCGCAUGGAGCGGGGCAUCGCGCGGAUCCAGGCGCAGUUCCGCGGGCGGCGCGCGCGGUCGGGCAAGAAGAAGAAGGGCAAGAAAGGAAAGAAAGGUAAAAAGGGGAAGGGUAAGAAGAAGAAGUAGUUCAAGUUUCUUACGCGACGGCGAUGCUCGUCCCGCCGUACUGGUACCAGGCGCUCGUGCCGUCGCC